ACACUGCCGAUGAGAUCACUAAAAACGUGGAGGCAGCAUUUUCAAAACUUAAACAGGUUGUUUCACAAUCAACUAGUUGACACGCAUGAUAAAUUUCUCUCACUCAGUGCGCACCCACUGAAAAAGAAAAGUGACACUUUUACAGAACACAAAAAUGAUUUCCAUUACUAAAUGAAUUGUGAGAACACAACAAUGAAACGUGUGGUCAAAUUUAAUUGGGAUGAUUUUACAUAAUCAGAAAAAUAUCGGUCUCUAUAUUUUCCAAAACAACGAUGAUGAUUAUUUAGCUGUUUCUGGCAUUCAGUUUAGUCCCUGCCUAUAAUGUCUUGGGCAUCUCUGAUAAUUUUUUUUUGGGGUUUAAGCGGAUUCAAAGACUUGCACCAAUUGUGAGCCUCCUACUGGUUCUGGGGUUUACUACAUCUGCAGCGUACCUGCAAAACCCUGUUUGAAAGUGUCAGGGAGUUGUUCUAUUCAUUGUUUAAUCAUCGCCGAAGAAUUCCAUGAAAGGAUAUCUUCUAGACUACACCUCAGCCAACAUUCCUUAGGGGGGCAGGACAAUAAGAAAGCAGUUGCAUCUCAUUGGUUGGAGUGUGUCCUUGUUGACCUGUGAUGUCAUGGGGAGCACAGCCUCAUUCAGAAACACACUGGUUCCCACUGAGCAGAAACAGACUGCAUCUCCUGCUCUGCCUUUUGCUCUCAGAGGUGAAGAAAGUUGUUUAAAUACCUAUUCCAGAUCAAACUAACUUUGCUGCAGCACUCAGCUAGAAGAAGCAGAUUCCACACAGUCUGCAGUGCAAAAUGGCAUGUACAAGAGUUCUUUCUACUUUUAGUCACGCUCAGCCCCCUGUAAGACUGACAGACCUGAGUUGGAGUCUAAAUCAGCGACAACCUUUGAUUCAACUACUGUCAAUGUCACCUAAGUUGAAACCCACACAGAGGACUUUUCAGUCAGCAGUAUCUCCACAAAAGAACAUCUAUCACAUUAUGCGUUGUGGUGCUUCUUCUCCCACAUGUCCAUCCUUGCAACAUUUUCCUCCAAGGCUGAAGAGCUGUUUGCGCAAGAACAUCGGCAGUACAAGCAGGAAACAUGUAAUCUUUGUGGACGAAAUGGGAUUGCCCCUCACUGCUGUGCAUCACUUUACCCCUGAUCCAACCCCCCCUGCUUCAAUCCUGGAGAUGGGACCAUCUCUAACCCAAGCCGAAAGCCAGCAGCCACCCUCAAACAGACCUCCCCGUCACAAGUUUGUACUGGGGUUUCCACAGCCCACUCAGGACAUCAACACCUUCUUUAUGCGUUUGAAAGAAAAACAAGUUCUGCUGGAGAGCUGCUGCAUCUCAGAGAAUACCUUAAGUGGAAAAGUGUGUGUCUUUCACCUGAGUUCUCAACAGGCGGUGCACAUAAGUCUGACUUGUGACUCAUGGAGGAGCUACCAAGAUUUUCCCUGCACCUUUUUACAGCAUAAUCGCUUCAGUGGCAUUGACAUUAGCAUUUUCCCCUUUGACAUAAAAUUGCCCCAGAACAUUGAUCCAAAGGAUCGGAUUGAGUUUGGCAUCUCAUUUCGGGCUGGGCCUGCCUCUACGCCUGUCUGGGAUGACAACAGAACCCAAAAGUACAGAGUUUGCAUUGAAGCCGAUGACUUAAGUGCCGGCCAGGGCAAGGCUAAUGGUUAUCACCCCACCCUUCCGAGGCCUCGGUCACCUGCUCGGCCACAGGAGGCCGCUGGGAUCACAGACCACGCCGAUCUGCAAUAUUCAUCUUCUUCUGUUUUGUCCCUUACUGGGUCACGGGGUUGCCGGAGCCUAUCCCGGCCACUUGCAGGUGAAGGCAGGGGACACCCUGAACAGGUCACCAAUCUGUCGCAGGGCCACACCCAUUCACGUGGAAAAUUUAGAGUUGCCAAUUGACCUAUGGAGCAUAUUUUUUGGACAGUGGGAGGAAGCUGGAGACCUUGGAGAGAACCCCCACGCACGGAGAGAACAUGCAAACUCCACACAGAAAGGUCCCCCAUUGAUGUUCUGUUGCAGGUCCCCCAGCUGGGACUUGAACCAAGGGCCUUCUUGCUGUGAGGCAAGGGCGCUAACCACUGUGACACCGUGCAGCCCAAUCUGCAAUAUCUUCAGAAAUUCUUGUCCAGUAGAUACAGAGCUUAAAGGACUUUGUUCAGCCAAACAGGUCAUUGAAACUUGCCUGUUUCUUUUGAAUAUAAAAAUAUGUUUAUUUAUUUGUAAAAUACAAACUUGUUGUAGGAUGGUACCAAACGGCAAUAAUUUGCACAUUAUUUGCUUUGCAACCCUAUGUAAAUGUGAAUGCAUAGUUUUGUUUAAAUUAUUUUAUUAAAACAGGUCUACUUUUACUCUUCUGGCACCUAGUAAACUAAAGUUCUUGGUUGCGUCCGAAUUCUUUCACUACUUUCUACAUAGUGCAUUAUAUAGUGUGUUUGCCAUUUCAUAGAGCUGUAUGAAUCUACAAUUCCAAAAUCAAGUGCCCUAGAAAAUUGCCAGAAGUCUCUGCAAAAAAACAGUAAUUAACUAUCUUUGUGAAAAAGUCUUGUAAUUUAAUUUUUUUUAAAACAUCCCAAUUUUUCAUCAUCAGAACAGAGUGGAUUCAUAAAUAGUCUUCCUAAAAUGUUCUUACUUAUUAUGUUUUACUUUGUGAAAUCUGUGGCAUCAUAUUUGCUGUUUAAAAUAAUUUAGUGA